ACAAAGACAAAGCUGAACAGUCACAGUUUACUGGCCACAAAGACAAACUUUUAGCAUGUACGUUAGCUGUACGUACAAACAAGUUGUGCACUGUACAAGUUUGAGGUCCCCCAACCUAAACACAAGAAAGUGAACUGUAGUCUCCAAACUGACACACAAUCUACGUAAGAACAGGGACAUACGAACACAAUGGAUCUAUCUCCAUCGACACAAGGGGAACAAGAGCCACAACAAGUGAGCAGUCACAGUCCGUUGGCUCAACACACAAAUACUUCACCACUAAUUGUGAGUAUUCCACGCUCAAUAAGAGAACAACAUAUCACUGAAACUGCCUCUAAUGAUACUCAGUUUUCUGUUCAUACUCUUUCACAACUAAUUGUCAGUAUACCGUAUUCAGUAAGAGCACAACGGUUAAAAAAAACUUAUCGUUAGUAUUCCAAGAGAAAUACAUUCAGAACAUGAAUUAUCCGACCAAUUUCACUCUGAUAUUCACUCUCCACUAGCUAGGAAACGGUCGUCUACUAGAACCAGGGGCAAAACGUGCCAACCUAGCUCUACCUUGCAAGGUGCCAGUUGUACAGAUAUUACACCAGCUAAAAGGGUUCACCACAAUAACCCUCAACAGUUGGCAGGUAGAGCACGUCAGUACGAGAGUGAUGAUAGUGAUAGUAUAUGUAUACAGCAGUAUGAAAGUGACACCUCACAGCAAUCUAAUGGUGAACAUAAUGAGACUGAUGAUGACACAAACCAACAACAUUCUAUAGCAAGUUCUAGUCAAAUAACAUCAGCUGGUAGUCAAAUUUUAAAUUUCAACGAAAUGUACAGAGAACUUCCCGAAGUCAGUCCAAAAUGGUACAACCUAAGCCUAGCAUUGGGUCUUGAUACAGGCAUCCUCAAUAUCAUAGAACACGAUAAUAAAGAAUGUGAAACCUGUUUAAGGAAAGCCCUAUACCAACGACAUACUAUCAGACCAUUGACAUGGGCAGAAAUUGAUACAGCUUUAAGACAACGUACUGUUCAAAUGAAUGCAUUGGCUGAUAAAAUACAAGAAAAUAUCUCGACAAAAAGCUUAUUAUCGCGUACAUGUAGCUCACAGCCUAGUAGUGACCCCACUCCAGAAUGUGUUGUGAGGUACUCCAGCUUCCUUAAAGACAAGUACAAACAGAUGUCAUCUUUACCAGACGAUUGGCCACCACCAUUGAAAGAUAAAUUUUCAAAACUAGCUCUAAUUGAGAAGAAACAGAUUCCUUUACCUCAAGCUAAGCACACACAAUCAAUUGAGUAUGAUUACGCUACUGGUAAUGUGGACAAUAUUGUUAAGAGAAAGCAAGUGAUUACAUUAGAAAAGAUCUUCGAGCCACUACCUGGUGAUUCUAAAGUAGUUGCACCAAACAGGUACACUGUUGUAAUAGACGGAGCCCCAGGAGUAGGCAAAACCACACUCAGCAGGAAGAUAUGCAUUGAUUGGGCACAAGGGAAGCUCAUCAAGGACCACCACACUGUUAUCCUCAAACCACUAAGGGAACUAAGAGGUCACACAGCUGCCUCACUAUCUGACUUACUAAAAGCUGACGACCCUGAGCUAAAGGAGCAAAUCAUAAAGCACAUACAGGAGACAUCAGGUUUAGGAGUAAUGUUCAUCUUUGACGGAUUUGACGAGCUGAGCAGUCAGCAACGAUCUGAUAAGAAUACACUUUUAUGGGAAAUCAUUCGAGGGAAUUCCCUACACAAUUGUUCUGUGCUGGUUACAUCACGAUCAUAUGCCUCAGGCCCACUACAGGAUAUCAACCGUGUCAAUCGUGUUAAUCGACAUGUUGAAGUAUUAGGAUUUAAAAGAAAGGAUAUAGAACAUUGUAUUAAACAGAACAUUACAGACAAAGAAAAAGCAGAGAAGCUAAUACAGAUGCUGAAGGAGAGAUUGGAUAUUGUCUCCCUAUGCUAUAUCCCUCUAAACUGCAGGAUUGUACUGUAUGUCUACCAGAAAAAACAUACUUUACCUGACACACUCACACAACUCUAUGAGGUAUUCAUUCUGUACACAGUCAAACACUACAAACCUGGCAUAAAUGAAAUAAAAUAUGCAAAUAAUAUUGAGGAUUUUCCCGCUACAAUAAUCAAGUGUCUAGACUCGUUAUGUGAGUUAGCAUACACAGGAAUGACUCAAGAUAAGCUAGUCUUCAAAUAUAAGGAAGUCACACAGGAAUUUGACACACCAGCAUUAUCUUUAGGACUACUAAACUUGAUCGAGACUUUCAGCAAGGAACAGACAGAGGCUUAUUACUAUCAGUUCCUUCAUUUAACCAUUCAAGAGUUUCUAGCUGCAAGGCAUCUUGCACUAAAAAAGAGCAAAGAAGACAAACUAGAGUUUAUUACAUCCAAAAUUGAUGAUGAUAGAUUUAGAAUGACUUUACUCUUUCUUUCUGGAUUGACUAAACUUGAUUUUCUUCCUGUUGAACAAGCCUUCCCAGCUCUGAAAUCAAUAGAGACUGGUGUGUGUCAUUAUUUCAAAACAAAAACAAAAUCUCUACGAAAACCAGUGAGAACUCAAUUCUUAUUCCUGGCUCAUCUUCUAUACGAAAGCCGACAAACGACAUACAACUGGCUCUUUCCUUGUCUGGUGACCAAUUCACUCAACUUGUCAGAGCAUAGUCUCUCUCAGUUUGACUGCCUUGUCUUGGCCAACUUUCUCGCCCUAACUCCCAAAGAUCACGUGUGGGAUGAUAUAAACUUGUCCCAAUGCAGUCUUAGUUCUGAUACAAUUAAACUAUUAGUGUCUAAGAAGCAUUCACAGAGAGAUAUUUCAGUAUUGUGCCUAACUAAACGACUAGAUCUCUGUUCCUACAAAAGUGCUCGAAUUUCUCAAAAUUCUUUCACAGCACUCUUCGAAAAGGAUUCAAAACUGGAAUACGUUAAAAUUCCACCAUUGGAGUUUAAAGAAAUAAUAUGCUGCAAAUCACCUUUAGGUGAAGCAUUGCACAUGCUACGAGCAAAUAGCUUACAGGAAUUAAUAAUGACAUCCGAUACUGAAGCAGGGUGGGCUGAGAGUGAAAUUAUAUCAAAAAGUGCAUUACAGAUUUCAAAAAUGAAAAUAUGUUCAGGGGUAAUUAAGAACUUUAUCGAGUCUGUUAAACAUAAAAAAGUAAAGACUAUCGUAUUAUACAAACCUGAUAGUUUUGAGGACUGUUCGCUAUGUGCUAGCUCCGAAAGUGAUGUUUGGGAUAGUUUUUGCAAUGUCAUCAAAAACUGUAAGCAUAUACAACACCUUCAUAUUAACAAGAGCCACAUCAAUGCACAGGAUAUUUCAUCACUAAUAGCAACUUUGCAAAACAAGAGAAACCUACGUACGUUACAACUAGAGGGAAGCAAAAUAAACUACAAAGGUCUAAUACACUUACGAAAUAACUUGCCAGUGAAUGUAAGUGUUCAUAUUUCAAUAAGUAAUAAUAUGCCAAAUUUGAUAAUGUAUGUAUGCAAUGACAACCACGUUUGUGUUGUUUUUAAGUCACCUGACGAGCACAUAGAAGAUAUUGAAUCCGAUGAUCUAUUUACGGUAUUGCUAGAACAGCAGUUGCCACAGGAACUAAAUAGAGUGAUUGUUACCGCUGAAUCAUUCCUGUCUAAGGCUUUACUUAGGUCAGUAGGAAAUAGUAAAAUUGUAGCUAGUUUAACAUUAGUCGAACUUAAUUUCACACAAUUUGCUAAGGACUGUCGAGAUAUGCUUGAGAGCACCAACACUUUGCAAACAUUGACACUUGACUCAUGCGAAUUAAACGGUACAUCAAUCAAACAUUUGGAGGAUGGACUCUCAUGCAAUCAAGCAGCUGUGGAACUAAAGUUAGAAUACUCUGGUUCAGAUGACAACUUCUGCGCAUGGCACACACCGCUGGCAGCUCUUAAAGUGAGGUCACAAAAUCUUCACGAGCUCAAUAUAGAAAGACAUACUCUGAGCAAAGAACGUAGGAAAAAACUUUCAAAGAUAGUAACAACAUGCAAGCAGCUACGAGUCUUAAAAGUAUGGUUUGGAGACAAUAUUCAGAAAUUUUUUUCCAUGCUCUAUCGGAUAAUCAAAGCCUAAGAGAACUCAGUAUUCAAACUACUUGCAAGAUGUCAGUGUUGUUGUUUCAAACACUCCCAUCAACCUCCAUCACCACUUUAGACUUACAAUGUUACGAGAAUGAACAACUUGGAAAUAAGGGAUCUUUAGCGUUUAAAGACUUCAUUCAUCAAAAUAAAGCGUUAACUGUUUUGAGAGCUAAUUCGUGCGGUCUAACGGAUGAAGCAUUUAAAGGAAUCAAUAUUACACACAAAUCUCCUCUGAGAGAACUUUCUCUCAGAGAAAAUAAGGAAGUAGACAGUAGUUGGACAGAACUUUUCAAUGCUCUUUGUUCAUCAUGCAUCACCACACUAGACGUCAGUGGUAAUAAAUUGUGUGGGGAGGAGUGUUGCACAGCUUUGAAAUGUCUACUCAUCAACAACAAAACACUAGCUGUUCUAAAAAUUGAUUAGCCUAAAUAUACUGAAGAAGUGGUUUACUGUAUUGCUGAUGCUCUCUCACACAAUCACUCAUUGAGGGAAGUAUCAAUUAGUGGAUACAAACUAAACAUUCAGGGAUGGACAAAUCUGUUUAAAAGCUUACAUGAAAACACAACGUUAAACACGUUAAACUGUAGUGACGCUCAGUUACAAGCAGCCGACCUAAACAAUGAAAUCGCUAAAUCUGUGUGUGAAAUGCUAGCACGCAACCAAGGUCUUCAAAAUCUAGAUAUUGCCGAUGAAUUGAUUGAGGGCCAUUUGAAAGAAUUUGCAAUGGCAUACAUUCAUAGAAAACCUGUCCUAAAUUUAACUGUUGGAGAAUUGGAAGAUGAGUUAGUGAAAGAGAUCGAGGAACUUGAAACAGAUACCGAUAAAGAGUACAACAUUAACAACAGAUGGUAUUAGCAUGUGCUCCUGUUUAAUUAUAACACCACCAUGAUAAUUAAGUAAACGUUCUGUCUGUAAUAUCGACUCUACAAGCUCCAUUGUACAAUCUAAGCAGAACAGAAGCUAUAAACACUUGUCAUUAAUUUGUAUGUACGUGUCUUAUUUGCUAUAGUACUGUAUAUUAAUUGCUAUGUUUGUACGUAUUGCGUGGGCGGAUCAAAGGGAAUGCGAAAAUACAACGCGUAUUGUA